CGCACAGAGGAAAGAGACGACAAGAAUAAAGGAGCAGGAGGAGGAGGAGAAGAAGAAGGAGGAGGACUCAGAGGGCGCUGGAUGUAGCCGUUUUGCGGGUGUUUCGCGGGGAAUGUGCGGCUCCUCCUCAGCUGCUCUCCAACUUUCUGAAUCUCUGCUCUCAUGGUGAGAGGAGGACGCAGAGGAUGGGAGUAACCUGGUCCUCCAAAUGCCUCGCACUCUUUCUAGCUCUUCACAUAGUCUCCGUGUUGCAGACGGUGCUGGUCAGCGCUGGUCAAUGUGACUCGGUGUUUAAAGGUUUCUCAGACUGUCUGCUUCAGCUGGGGGAGAACAUGGCCAACUAUCCCCAGGACCUGGACGACAGGGAGAACCUGCACAAGAUCUGCAAUUACUGGGAUAACUUCCACUCCUGUGCCACGACGGCGCUGGCCGACUGCCAGGAGGGAGCGACGGACCUCUGGGAGAAACUGAAAAAGGAGUCUCGCAACCUGGAUUUCCGUGGGAGUUUGUUUGAACUCUGUGGCAGCGGCAAUGGAGCCCCCAGAUCUGCCGACGCCAGGGGCCUCGCCUUGGUCCUAACCACACUGCCCACCAUACUGACUUGGCUGGCGUUUUAACAGAAACAAGGAAAAUAAAAACACAAAGCGAAAAGAAGAAAAAAAAGGAAAAACCCAAACAAAAAAAGAAAUUAGAAAAAGAGUGAUAGCUGCUCUUCGAUACUGAAAAUACGACUUCAAGGACUGAGUUUGAAUUCAUCACCAGAAAACUACACCCAAAAUGGAUUUUUACUACAACAUCACUGUAUGGCGGCCUGGUUUGCCUUCCCGGGACAUCUGCAGGCCAUCCUCCUGGAGCGCUCAUCCAAUCACACGCUGACCUGACCCACAGGUCGAUGACAUGAAAUAUUCAACAUGCCGCUGAACUGAAAUGAUGACAAUGAUAAAAAUUUGAUGGAUUCUUGCCCGCUUACAAUCGUGGAAUUACACAGUAUUAAAGUCAACCAUGAAUUAUUGAUGUUUAGUAGGCUAGGCCUAGACAGCACUAUGUGACUGCUGGGUGCUGACACAGUAUCAGGCUAUAUAUUAGGGUUCCCAUAUAGCCUAAGGCACAUCUUCAUGUGUAAUGCGAGGCCGAGCUUAACUCAACAAAAUCAAUAAGACAAGCCGAGGCCUAGAGCCCAUUUCAGACCCGUCACCUCAUUUCCAUCACGGGCAGUUUUUCCUUUUUUUUAUUGCGCCAAGUAGACUCUGUUGAGCCUGGUGGUUUUGAUGGACCGAAUGCUUGAUAGUGAUGUAAUAUUUGUAUUCUUAUUGGCUGUUUAUUGUGCUUAGGCCACGGCCACACCAGCUUUUAUUUAUCAUGGCGGCUCCACGUUACUACGCCUGAAUGGAGUCGUCACUAUCGGUGGUGGAAUUAGUUUUAUCCUCCUGAACAGGUCAAAAUUUACAGGCACACUUGUGGCAACUUGCAAAAAGCUAAACUACAGCGACCUUUGACCCAUGCAGCAUGGCUUACAGUCAGUUGUCAGCCUGCAAUGGGCAUUUUUAAAUUUCUAGUGCUUUACUUUUGGUUGCUGAGCUGGCUGCCACUUCCAAAAUCAACACCACCUGAAGAAACAUCUCUCAGCCAGUUUCUGGUGUGACCGUAGCCUUAUUUUUCCCCACCAAGCUCUGAGGUGCAGGGAUGUAGUUGAGAGUAUAAAGCCUGCUUUUCAUUACAGACCAGUUUCGACUGAUGUUAACCUGCAUGAAGUCAGUCCCGAAAGAUUUCAGGACGUGAGCACAAA